UCCCCGCACAAGCAUUUCACAGCACGGCGGCCGGAGGGACGAACAUGACACACGUUUGAUUCCCUACAAGAAAGACGAGGGAGAAAAGACGUGGAUUUACGCGCUGCUUGGAUUUCCCGCAGACGCGGCAACUUUUGCUGUUAUGAUGAACGCGUAAACUGGUUCACAGCUGCUUCAUUCGGAGACAAGAAGCAAAUAGAUCUCAAGCAGUCUUGAGAACAUUCACAAUCCCCAAAACUCAUCAGCAUGACGUCUGCCGAGGAGUCGUCUGGCACAGUAUUGCACAGACUCAUCCAAGAGCAACUUCGAUACGGAAACCCCACAGACACCCGCACCUUACUAGCCAUCCAGGAGCAGGCCCUGCGUGGGGGAAGUGGAAGCAACAGCGGUCCGAGCAGUGGGGGCGAUUUGGGCAGGAGCCCCAGGUCGUCUCUAGAGAGUCUCACCCAGGAGGAAUCUUCUUUCCCCCAGCUUUCUGCGAGGCAGGAGCCCCAGGGCCAGGAGCACCAGGGUGACUACCACCACUCGGAAAGCGGCUACCAACUGUACCAGCUCCACGGCGAGGAGCUUCCCACCUACGAACAGGCCAAGGCCCACUCUCAGUAUCUGGCCUCUCACUGGGCACCUUCAAGCCCUAACAGGCUGCCCCAUGAGGGAAUGCUCUCACUUGAUGGGGCUUUCCACGAGGAGGUGGAUGAGAUAGACCGUAAAUGCGCCCAUGCACGCUCACUCAGUGAGCAUCGCUUACAGAUAUCACUGGAGAGAAGCGAUGCGGUCGUCAAGGCGGAGGCCAUCAAAAGCACCUCUCACAGCUACCCUGAGCUAGCUUACUACACCCAUCAGGCCCAGACCACACGGCAAAGCCAAGAGAAACGCAACCCGCCGCCUGAGUACUCGGCCCCCAUCCAAGGACAAGGAUUUAUCCCCCACCAUGCUCAGGAGCCAGCGCAGGCCCAACAGCACAGGUACAUCCAGUCUGGACCGCCGACUGACGUCUCCUGCUACAACACAUUCCCCAGCUUGCCCCCUGCUGGUUUGGAGGAACCCAACCAAGUAGAACUGCUGCUGAUGGAGAACGAGAGGCUGAGGCAGGAGCUAGAAGUUCACCGAGAGAAGACUGGUCGCAUUCAGAAGCUGGAGCAGGAAAUCCAGCGCAUUUCUGAGGCCUACGAGAAACUGAUGCAGGGCAGCAGCAAGAGAGAGAACCUGGAGCAGACCCUCAGGAGGAGGCUGGUGGCCGAGAUCCGCCGUCUGCAGGAUUUCAACAGAGACCUUAAGGAUAACUUGGAAAAUGCUCGAACGCACGCGGCGAAAGAAGUGCAGGUGGCUGACCACAACCAGCACAUCAUGGCUAAACUCCUGGAGCAAAAUGAGGAGCAGAAUGCAGACCGGGAGCGCAUUGAGCGGGAAGUGGAGCGCCUGAAGACCACGGCGGAUGAGCAGAGCCUUCGCGCAAAGAGACUGGAAGAGGCUCUGGAGGCGGCACGAGUACGCGGCCGUCAGAUGGAGGAGGAGUUGAGGAGGAAGAGGGCCUAUGUGGAGAAGGUGGAGAGGCUCCAGAGCGCAUUGGCUCAGCUGCAAUCCACCUGCGAGAAGCGUGAGAGCCUGGAGAUGAAGCUGAGAACACGGCUGGAGCAGGAGCUCAGGAGUUUGAGGGCGCAGCAGCGACAGUCCCAACCUCCUGGAGUCACCAUCGGCUCCCUGCAGGAACGCCUCCGCGAGCGCGAGGAACGCAUCCUGGCGCUUGAGGCCGACAUGGUGCGUUGGGAGCAGAAGUACCUGGAGGAAAGUACCAUGAGGCAGUUUGCCAUGGAGGUGGCAGCCACAGCAGCCGCCCAGAGAGACACCACCAUCAUCAACCACUCGCCCUGCCACUCCUCUAACAACAGUUUCAACGAGGACCUGCCAGUUGCAGACUUUCGGAAUCAGGAAAUGGAGAACAGGAUCCGCGCCCUGUAUGCCCAAAUUUUGGAAAAGGACGCUGUGAUCAAGAUCCUCACUCAGCGGCUCCACCAAGACCAGGGGCGGAAGGAUGAGCAGAGACCCCGCACAAACCUGUUGAGCGCGGCGGGGGCACCUCUGCGACUGGCCUCCUCCACACCCUCCAUUUUUACCGACAAGAGCGGCACCAAGAGUCGAGGAGGCAAGAGCCUUUCCGAUGAUCAGACGUUGCCGAGCCAUCAGUUUUCCGCUCACUCCGAACCUGGAACGCUGGAGCGUCAGGCAGAGGGAACUCAAAGCACGGAGGCCUCCGGCAUAAAUAAGCUCAACAGCGACAAGCCAACGCCAAAGAAGUUGCUAUUGAACCCUUUCCGAGGCCUUGAAGAGUUGGAGUCAGAAGCAGUAGAGAUAUUUAUUUAACAAACAAGAACUGAAAGGCCGAUAAAGAAUUCCCAAAAUGUGUGAAAGGUAUUGGAUGAAAGAGGCCAGAAUGUAGUGAGGUGGGACAUAUAUAUACACACAAAUGCAAUGUGUGUGUGUGUGUGUGUUUUAGAGAAAGAGCUGAGCUCAGACUCACUUACUUAAAGCUGGCGCGCUGCAGGCAGUCGGCCCAGCUUGAAACAAGUGGACUCUUCCCAGGUACUUGGACAGUAUUUUGGAUGUGACGUAUUUAUAAGACAUACUGUAUAAAUCCAUAUAAUUGCUGCUUCCCCUUUUCUUUAUGACCAUUCUAUGUCCUAGUGAAUUACAAAGCUGCAUAUUUAUCUUAUGGUGGAUUUCACAUAAGCCCAAAUAUUAACUUAAGCCUUGUGGAGAUCCUGUCAAUAUUCACCCCCCUACCUUUCCAACAAAAUGUGGAUGUUAACCUGAGUAACCUCAUUUCCAGCGUGUUUGGAAUACGUCCCGUUGCUCACUAAUUUAUAACACAUGCAAACACUGUUGAAUGACGUGAUCUUCAUGGCCUGGCAGCUGGCUCUGCAGAGGCCAGGAGGCACGUGAGCAGAUGACUUUUAUUGUACAAAUGACUGGUUUCUCUUUGCCAAACUGACACGGACCUGAUGUGUGUACAGACGUAAGGGGAGAGGUGUUUCAUCAUGGUUGAUUUUAUCAUAUUCUGCUGUUCCGUACAUGAUCGGUGUGUGUAUGCAUGUGUGGUUAAAAGUGUGUUCUCCUCCAAUGGCCUUUCUGCUGGUCCAGAAGCCUUUUGCGGGGUUUAAAGAUGACACAAUUUGUUUUUGUUUUUGUUCACUGUGAGCUUUGAACUAACAAACAGGUUAAUUAUUAUUAUUAUUAUUAUUAUUAUUAUUGUUUUUAAAUGUAUUUUUUAUUCAGAGAUAUUGUAUUGCUAUUUGUAGAUAAUAUAGUGCUUUGAGCAGGAUGCCAAAGAGUUUAUCGUAUGUUUUGUUGUAAGUUAUGUGCUGACAAUCACGGUCAAGUCAAGCUGUACACAACCAACCGACUUCCGAGAGUCAUUUCUGUGAACUUCAAACAGUAUGAAGGUUUUUUUACCGUUGAAUUUCACUCGACAUUUCAUACAGCAAUAAAACAUUUGAAUUUA